AAAACGUUGGCUGCGACGGACCCAUCCGGUUCAGUUUCCAGAGCAGCUCGAACAGUUCGAUUUGAUGUAGGAUCAAAAACAUCUUUCAAUAAUGCAACUCUUUUAUUUAUUUACAAUUUUCUUGACUCUGGUAACGACAGGGCGCACUCAGGACAUAUACAGCUCCAAGCAGGUUUAUUUGGAGUCGAUAACAAAGGGCGGCGAGUUCAGCUGCAUGAAAUCUUGCGUGCCGCAAGACAGGAAGAGAUUCGUGGAUGAAAACCUCUUUUAUGCACCUGAUCCACGACCAACUUAUGCCUGCGAUAAAAACAAUGAUAGACCAAUAGAUGCCAAUUUGUGUAAAUCGACUGCCGCAAUGUCUACAAAUUUGACGUAUCUGUCAGGAGAUAUGUAUUUGUUCCCAAACAUGACGACCACUUCAAAACUGAAUUGGCACGGGGCUAUGAAAGCCUGUCGGAGCAUCACUGGUUUUCAGCUUGCGAGCAUUGUUGAUGAAAAAACAAAUAAUGCGUUGGCAAAAUUUUUGACAGAGAAUAAAGCCGCUGCUGCCAUGGCCAAAGACAACUUUUGGACUUCAGGUUCCAGUUUGGGAGAUGAACUGACCUGGAUGGAGACGGGCGACAAAAUUGGGUUUACUAAUUGGGUCGGUGGGAAACCAAGUGGGGCAGGAAAAUGCAUUCAGGUGGCUCUAGAUAAAGGAAAGAUGGUUUGGAAGGAUGUCGAUUGCAACACUGAAAGCAGGGCGUUUUGCGAAGUUCUCGACGAAUGCUACAAAAAUAUUUGUGAUGGAUAAUAAACUUUUAGUUAAAUCUAAA